CUCACUUCCGGUCUCGCUCUCCGACUUCCGGUCUCGCUCUCCGCAGAAGCUGCCAGGGUCUCCUCCGAGUCUCGGUCGGCUAGACGCCGCUUUGCCGCGCAGUUAAGAUGCCUCGUGGAAGCCGAAGCCGCAGUUCCCGCGUGGCCCCUCCGGCCAGCCGGGCACCUCAGAUGAGAGCUGCGCCCAGGCCAGCGCCCGCCGCUCAGCCUCCAGCAGCGGCUCCACCUUCUGCUGUUGGCUCCCCUGCUGCUGCUCCCCGGCAGCCAGGUCUGAUGGCCCAGAUGGCAACCACUGCAGCCGGCGUGGCUGUGGGUUCUGCCGUCGGCCACACCCUGGGUCAUGCCAUCACCGGGGGCUUCAGUGGAGGAAGUAAUGCUGAGCCCUCAAGGCCCGACAUCACUUACCAGGAGCCUCAGGGAACCCAGCCGGCACAGCAGCAGCAGAAUGGCCCAUGCUUUUUUGAGGUGAAACAGUUUUUGGAGUGUGCCCAGACCCAGGGUGACCUUAAGCUUUGUGAGGGUUUCAGUGAGGUGCUGAAACAAUGCAGAUUGGCAAACGGAUUAGCUUAAUGAAGAAGUGCCGAUUGAAGGCAUGAAAAAUCAGCUCUUGUGACCACGUUGAUUUAGGGUUAAAAGUAUAAUUGAUAGUGAAGAUAUAAAGUGUGAAACCACCAGUUAAAUGUCUCCUCAAUCAUUAAUAGUUUUUAUGCUUCAGGACUGCAGUGGAAGAGGGUGUUCUCACCAUACAGAAGCUCAUUGAGAUGGUAUUGAGUUGGGGCUGGGCAGAUGUUUGUGUGGCCUCUUAAACAUGCUUUUCUGAUGUUAUUGUUUGUGAAUUAAUUAGAAUAAAGUGAUUUUCUUUC